CCAAGCUGGCAAGGGUUGGAGGGGGUCUGGCCAAAGCGGGUGUGGAGAACGGGAGCUGCAGGUACGCCGACCAAUGGCAGGGUUCUUAAGGACGUCGACUUUUCUUCUUUGGGACGACCUCUUCAUCUCCACAGGCGCUCUGUGCGACAACAGCAAGCUCUGCGAAUGACUGCAAACCUACCCACUUGGGUCCCCGAGCUGAAGGAGCAACACGUCAAGAGAGUCACAUUGACAAUGUAACCGACUGUCCAUCCCGCGGUGGAGUGUGUGUCCGAACCCGAGCAGCCUUCCCUCUGGUUUACUCUCUCGUCUUCACUGUUUAUUUUGGGUUCUAGGAGUAGAGAUGAGGGACUGCUGUUCCGCUGUCGAUGUGCCGCCGCCAGGAACAAGAACAAUGUCUCAGAGACAUGUGCUGUGGCGGCUUAGAAUUGGUCGAUGAGGCUCUCUCCCCGGGUGCUCUGCUUCCAUCACGCCGCUCGUCUAUGGGUACCUGAUUUGGGGCUUUUGGGCUUGCCGAAGUUGCCAAAAACAGGCCAUCGACGAGGCCCGGAAAUCGGAUAUUGGGUACACUCUUGGAGCCAAGCUUUCCACGUCUCUUCUGCCUUGACCCUUGGUGUCGAAGCGCUACCACGGUGAUGGCUUGGCCCACCUUCCAUGGAUCCAAUAGUGUGCGGAUGCUUCCCAUGCCAUGUCGGCGACGGGAUUGGGGAGGGGGAGUAUUUACAUAAGACCAGCUUCCCCGACUUCACGAUGCUUUCUCUUUUUUUUUUUCUUCUCUUGCUCUUCAGGGUCUUCCUCAUAGCCGCGAACACGACAGUGAUACCUAAUCAACUAAUCUACGACAAGGCCUCUUUACUUGUCGAUACAUUCGUUCUUUUCGACUUUGUUGAAAUAUGGCCAGCCUCAAGGCCGUGGCUGCCCUCGCGGCAGUCACCUUGGUUGGUCGUGUCACCGCCACCGAGGUCUUCCUCCCACCAUGCCUGGACCCCUUCCAGCCUUUCGUCUACUCGGGGUGCUUCUCCGAGGCCAGUGGCACCCAGAUCCUCCCCUACCGCAGCCCGGCAACUCCUGAUGACAUGACCGUCGAGAAGUGCGUUGCUGAGUGCAAGGGCAAUGGCUACAGAUAUGCCGGUCUCGUCUACUACGGCGUCUGCUACUGCGGUCAAACCGUGAAGGGUGACCUCACCGAGGAGUCUGAGUGCAGCUUCCCCUGCAAGGGUGAUGACACCCAGAUCUGCGGUGCCAACGGCAAAUUCUCCAUCUACCAGGACCCUACCUUCGUCCCCGUCGACCAGACCACCAUUGCCGACUAUGAUCCUCUUGGAUGCUGGACCGACAACUCUCCUCAGGGGAGAGCCCUUUCUUACCGCCAGGACUCCGUCGAUGGCGCCACCAUGACCACUGAGAAGUGCUUGCAGGCUUGCCAUGCCGGCGGUUUCCCCUUUGCCGGUACUGAGUAUGGCGGUGAAUGCUACUGCGGUGUUGUCAUUGGCAAUGACACCUACUCUGCCCCCGCCUCCGAGUGCAACAUGGCCUGCAACGGUGCCCCUGACGAGAAGUGCGGUGGCCCUGGUCGCCUUAACCUCUACGCCGCCGACGAGCUCCUGUCUCUCGAGCCCUGCGGCUAUGAGCCCCCCGUUGUCUCCAGCAGCUCGGAGCUCCCUGUCGUCAGCACUGUCACCACCGAGUCCUCCACCAGCACCCCCCCUGUCGAGGAGGAGCCCACCACCAGCACCACUGUCGAGGAGCCCACCAGCACCAGCACUCCCCUUCCUACUCUCCCCCCUACCACCUCCACCACCGCGCCCGUGAGCACCACCUCCACCACCAGCUCCGUCUGCGUGACCACCACCGUCAUCCCUCCCAAGUGCGAGUACAAGUGCGGCAAGUGGUGCUCCAACCCCCUUCCCGACUGGGAGAACGACGCCAAGUCGUGCAAGGCCGCCUGGACCAACUGCCUCUUGCAGGUUGCCUCCUGCUUCAAGAACGCCGGCUUCCCCCAGUCUCUUGAGUGCUUCAACUUUGGCCAGUGGUGCGCCGAUGUCGACGACUACUGCGUCAAGACCCCCAAGGGCAAGAAGCACGACUUUUUCGGCAAGAAACCCCCCAAGGGAGGCAGCCCCGCCACCACCGUGACCGUCACCACCGCUUGCCCUACUGCCGCUCCCACCUCCACCAAGCCUGCCACCACCACCAAGCCCGCGACGACCACCACCAUCUGCCCCACCCCAGCGCCCACCAACAUCUGCAAGCAGCCCACCAACAACUACUACGGCUACAAGCCCGGCAAGCCCGUCGGCGGGAUUGACAUGCCCGUCGUGACCUGCAACGACUUGGUUUCGGACUGGCCUAGCUACCCCUUCAAGCGGUACUCGAACCCUGACACGAGAAAGUGCAAGAAGUACAGCCGCUCGACGCCGAGCACUGCCUGCCAGGACGCGUGCAAGGAGCAGUACGAGGACUGCUUGGAUGUUUAUGCCGAGGGGUGCAGGAAUAAUAAGUUUAGGCCGAGGCAGGAUAGUUACUUUCAGCAGAUGGAGAAGAGGACUUUCUGGGGGGGGUGGAGCGACAGCUUUAAUGGGGCGAAGGAUAAGUGCAGGGCGCAGUAUAAUGACUGUUUGAGUGUGAAUAGGAAUGUGGAUGUUAAGGGGAAGUGUAAUAAGUUUUGCGAGUAAAGGGGGAAGGGAAAGAGGUU